ACACAACCACUGGGUAUAUAUCUACGACUACGCAGCCACUGCUCUGUUGCGUAUCAUAUCAUCAUAGAUACGCAAGAUAAAUUAAUUUAUACGCAACAUAAAAUUUUAAAUUUUAUCUGAGUGAGAGAUAAAAUGUCAUCUCAGAAUACCAAUUUCAUUUUAAGAGAUAAAAUAAAAUAUUUUAAAGAUAAAAUGACCUCAGAAUACCGCCCCUGAACCGUACCACCCGGCUCAGCCCGGCCUGACAAAAUUCCGGUACCGGUCCUCUCAGCUCCGGUGCACGGUCGGUGCAGUGGCGCAUAGCAUAGCAUAGCGCAUGCAUAUGCGGCAGAUGCAGAACAUUGGCUCUGCAUGCUGAAUGGAGUAAAGUUAACCGUUAAAAGUUGAGGGAAAAUUUCACUUACCAGUACCAACUCCUUGAGAAGAAUUCCUGCUCCCGGUGAUGGCUGUUAACUCUAGAAUCUAAUAUGGAGCCCAAUAAUGUGAUUGCUAUCCGUCUUAUAGUACACCAAGGGAAUUCUAUGAUAGACAGCAUAAUGUUUCAGAAAAUCAACCCUGGUGACAUAUCCAGCACAACAGAUUCAUCCUCAUUUUCCAUGAUCCAAGGCUAUUUAGAAUAUGACUCCAACCAAAGUCACACAGAGCAAUCUUCUGGACUUUCAGAAGUUUCAGGAUGGUUUUCAAGGAUUGCUACAUGUAAUAGAAACAAAACAGGUAUUCUGGAAGGUCCUUCCUCAGCACAGGAGUUGCCAAGCUCAAGUGGCCUUUUACAAGGUGGAAGUUCUUUAUCAUCCAUGCCAAAUGACGAACAGCUUGUGGAAAGAACACAGAUUGAUAGUACAUCGUGCAACAUUGUACAUCUCAAUACAGACAUAGAUGAAAUACUUGCAUCUUGCUUUCUGUGUGAAGUGAGAUAUUCCAAAAUCUACAGAGAAUUCUUUAUGAAAAAUCUUUGUGAAGGAUGCCACCCAUUCAAGAAAUGGAAAACAAGAUCUACUUCUGUCACAUUGUCUUUGCAUUUGAGACAAACUAAUUUAUUCAAAAUGGGGCCAGAUAUUAGAUGGAGUAAGAAGAUGUUACCCCUUUGGCUUGCCCGUAUCUCUAUGGAAGAUUCAUUUUCCUGGUUGUCUACUCUUGGAGGAGCUUACUCUGCUCUCGGAGAUCAUUUUCAUCACUUUGCAGAGAAGGCAGGCAGAGUGUCUAUCCAUCAGAUGAAGCUCGCCUGUCAGUUAGGGGAUCCCAUUUUGUUGGCUAAAUGUAGGGUCUACAUGGCGCAGAGUCUUAUGCAAAAUGGCUUCAUUCAACAUGCUAUGUUCAUUGUUCGGGCACAAUAUCGAUUUGCAGUGUCUCUCGGGGAGAACACAGACCAGCGUCUUAUCAACAUGUGUAGGGGUGUAUGGAGUAUCAUACAGUAUCUUCAUAAAGAGAAGAAGGAACAUAGGAAGAAUGGGGUGGGACUACAUCUUAGAAACAACAAGACCAGUUGACCCUUUGCCCUGUGGGAAGUUUACAGGUGCUUCAAUAUUUGAAUGAUACAGACAUUACCUACAUAGAGUUUGAAUAUAACACUUAAUUUCCCUUACAGAGUUAUAUUUUUAGCCCGAAGCACAUAGCGCCGAGUGAAAAUAUUCUCGGAGGAGAGGUGAAAUGUUAUUUAUUAAACAGAUAGACCAGGCAAUAUCUGUUAUAUUAUGUAGAUUUUACCACCAGUCUUCAUGUAUGAUGUGGCUUUAUGAUAAACUGUUUGCUGCAGCUCUGAUCCGUCUACAUCACAAUAGAAAAAUACAAAAGACUUGUGCUUCAUGCAACUGACGAGUACAAACUAUCUCACUAUGCAACUUAUUAAGUGAGUGACGUCACCUCAGUGAAUAUACAGCAUCUCUUUACAAUACAGCGCAAUUGUAUUCACCGAGAUGACGUCAAAACCUAGAAUAUAACGAAUGUGAUCCUUGCAGCUAUGAUAACAUGAUGGCUAUUGACCUAUCCCUGAUUUGAAUCUGUUUUAUUUAUGUUGAUACUGGCAGUAUGCAAUGAUUAACAAAAAGUGCAAUUUUUCAGAAGAGCUUAAAAAAUAGAUUAAAUGAAGUCAUCAUGCACAGAAAAUGUGUUACCGGCCUGGGAUAAGGUGAAAACUUUACAAGAUUAAAUCAUUAAACUUUUAUGUAAAUCAUGGUCAACGAUUGGAGGAUUGUGGCCCAGUGGAUUAGUCUCCUGACUCUGAAACAGAGGGUUGUGGGUUCAAAUCCCAGCCAUGGCGUAGUUUCCUUCAGCAAGAAAUAUAUCCACAUGCAAGAAAUAUGAUAUAACUUGAUUAUACUUGAUUUCUUUUCUGUACCUGGAAAUUCAACCCAAUUUCAGUACUUGUCUUUGAAUCCCUGUUUCCGCUAAUCUAGCAUCUUUUAUGCAUUGUUUCAUGAAUUGACAUCUUUUGUGACACCUCUGUUUGACUUGAUAUGUAUUCCAGUACGAGUAUUAUCAGAAUGUUGGCAUAUAAAAUAUGCACGUUUCUCGAAUGGCAUGAAAACAUGGGGCCUUUCAAAGUAAUGAUAAUAGCAGGGCCCGCUGGGAGAACAGUGUUCAGAACUGAAGUGGCUUCCCUGGGAAAAUAUACCUAUAUUAUUAUCAUCACAGUUAAGUUUGUAGGAUUUAAUCAUUUACUUACUUUCCACAUGAGACACUAUUAACCUUUUCAAGCAAGAGGUACAGGCAUCUUGCUUCGCUAAAUGUUAUUGUGAAUUGUGGACAAAGUUUAUUGUAUUUCAUGCAAGCCCAAAUUUUUAUGUGUGUAAAAGAAAUGCUUCCACAGUAGAUUUAUCUUGUAUAUGAUUGAAUAAAAAUAUAUUUCAUUUUCAGAUCCAA